AUGAUGUUCCUUGCUAGCGUUGUUGUGGCUCUCCUCGCAGGUCCGGACCCAGCCGUCGCGGACAUCACCUCCAGUCUGCAGAGUAUCUUGAAAAACACCCAUGGCAGCACAGACUAUGGGUAUCCAACAGAUCUGACAAGAGAUUUACUUCCUAUACCUGUUCAUUCUCAUAAUGACUAUUGGCGAGACGAGCCUUUCUAUACCGGCCUAUCACACGGUUGCGCAUCUACCGAGGCUGAUGUUUGGCUAUACAAUGGCACCCUCUAUGUCGGCCAUGAUCAAUCCGCUUUGACGAAGUCGCGAACUCUGGAAUCCUUGUACAUCAAUCCAAUUUUGGACGUGUUGGAGCGGCAGAACCCGGAAAGUCCAUUUGUGACAUCGCCUACUAAGAAUGGCGUGUGGGAUACUGUCCCUGACCAAACGCUUUACUUCUUCAUUGAUGUGAAGACAUCUGGCCCUGAGACAUUCGAGGCUGUCAUCGCUGCUUUAGAGCCUCUGCGCGAGAAGGGUUACCUCACCACCGUUAAGGAUGGUCAGACGCUGACCAACGGGCCGGUCACUGUCAUUGGCACGGGAGACACACCACUCGAUAUGGUUGCGCCCGUUAAAGACCGCGAUUACUUCUUCGAUGCGCCUCUUGCGGAGCUCAAUGACCCCAAAUAUGCUGACAUAACUGGCAUUGUCUCUCCUGUCGCUUCAACAAAUUUCCAAGAAGCUGUUGGGAAAAUAACUGUCGACACAGACCCAAUUCUUUCAGAUGACCAACUCAAGACUCUCCGGGAUCAGAUCUCCACUGCAAAUGAACGCGGGAUUGGUGCUAGAUAUUGGAACACCCCUCACUUCCCCAUUCGUGCACGAAACCUUGUGUGGAGGACUCUUCUGCGGGAAGGAGUCAUUCUUCUUAACGCCGAUGAUCUAGAUGCCGUGGCUGCCUUCUUCUAA